GUUCUGUUCAAGAGAAUAAAAGACUCCAGCUUGAGAAUAAUUAUAUCAAUUCAAUUUUUGAUCUUGAUGAAGCCAAAAAACUUUUAAAAUCUACGCAAAUAAGUCAACAAAAAUCACAAUCAAUAGCGAACCUUAAUGAUCAA